CACUCAUCCAAGCGAUCCUCCGCGCAUACUUGUUUCCUCAGGAACGUGUAGAAAAAGAUUGCGAUGGUACAUGAAUGCCACUUAUGACAACAAAUGGGGUGGUACCGUAUACGCGUCCGGUGGCCCUCGGCUGCCCUGCAUACUUGACACCGACAGACGCCCCACUAACUUGGCUGCUCGCUAGAAGGGACUUCGACCCCGAGCAAACUCCUACUCGCUUGGUGGCAACCAUAUAACCACCAGAUUUUGCCUUGAAGCAGGCAAGACACUGACGAGCAGUGAUGCACCCUGGCCCCGCAAUCAAUUGAUCAGAAGCCGCAUCAAUAUGACGUAGCAAGCUGCUUGAGCUGACAAAGCAGCCUCAAUUGAUCUGGCACGUGAUGAAGAGCUUCGGACCGGAAUCCAAUUUCGGAGUUCAUUCCCUCUUUGUGGCUCUAACUCCUUUCAUUUCGGCGAAAUUCAGCACGGA